AUGCCGCAUCAGUACGGCGCGGGCGCGGGCGGCAUGGCGCAGGGCCCGCCCUCGCCGCCGCCGCAGCACGGCGCCUUGUUCCCGCGGUACGCCAGCGCAGCCGGACCAGGCGCCGGGGCCUACCGUCCCGAAGAACGCCGUUUGACACGUGAAGCUAUGGAGCGGUACCUGCGCGACCGAUCCGACAUGAUUGUAGUCAUUCUACAUGCUAAAGUAGCACAAAAAUCUUAUGGAAAUGAAAAGCGGUUCUUUUGUCCGCCUCCCUGUAUUUAUUUGUUUGGUGAUGGAUGGCGGCUUCGCCGUGAACGCAUGUUAAGAGAAGGGGAGACUGAGCAGGCAGCACAGUUGUGUGCCUUCAUCGGUAUUGGGAACUCUGAUCAGGACAUGCAGCAGUUAGACUUGAACAAUGGCAAGCAGUAUUGUGCUGCAAAAACUUUGUACAUAUCAGAUUCAGAUAAAAGGAAACAUUUUAUGCUGUCAGUCAAGAUGUUUUAUGGUAACGGACAUGAUAUUGGUAUAUUUAAUAGUAAAAGAAUAAAAGUGAUAUCAAAACCCUCCAAAAAGAAACAAUCUUUGAAGAAUGCUGAUCUGUGUAUUGCUAGUGGAACUAAGGUAGCUUUAUUUAAUAGACUGAGGUCCCAGACUGUGUCAACAAGAUAUUUACAUGUGGAGAAUGGUAACUUUCAUGCAUCUUCUACACAAUGGGGAGCCUUCACCAUCCAUCUACUGGAUGACAAUGAGAGUGAAUCUGAAGAGUUUGCAGUGAGAGAUGGCUAUGUCCAUUAUGGCUCAACAGUCAAAUUAGUUUGCUCUGUCACAGGGAUGGCACUUCCAAGACUUAUUAUACGAAAGGUGGAUAAACAAAUGGCUUUAUUGGAAGCUGACGAUCCAGUAUCACAGUUGCAUAAAUGUGCAUUUUACAUGAAGGACACAGAGAGGAUGUACCUUUGCUUAUCCCAGGAAAGAAUUAUACAAUUCCAAGCCACACCAUGCCCCAAAGAGCCUAACAAGGAAAUGAUCAAUGACGGUGCCUGUUGGACUAUAAUAUCCACUGAUAAAGCAGAAUAUCAGUUCUAUGAGGGUAUGGGCCCUGUCAGAUCACCUGUUACUCCUGUCCCUUUGGUUCAUUCAUUAAACCUGAAUGGUGGUGGUGAUGUAGCAAUGCUAGAGCUUGCGGGGGACAAUUUCACACCAUCGCUGCAAGUCUGGUUCGGUGAUGUGGAGGCAGAGACCAUGUACCGGUGCGCCGAAUCUAUGUUAUGCGUAGUGCCGGACAUAUCUCAGUUCAGGGGUCAAUGGCAAUGGGUCAGGCAGCCUACUCAGGUGCCCGUCUCGCUCGUUAGAAACGACGGUAUAAUAUACGCAACAGGUCUAACGUUCACGUAUACGCCAGAACCGGGUCCUAGGCCCGUUUGUCCGCCGGUCGAUGACGUCAUGAGACCCGAUCAACCCGGCUGGCAUCACGACGCGCACACACACCGACUGCCAGAUAACACCUUACAAUAG